GCUUUAAUUUGAUUUCUCUCCUUUUCUUCUCCUUUUCUUCUCCACUUAAUUGUAUUUUUGUUUGAAAUUUUAUUUUUAAUUGAUAUGCAUAUCAAAUUAUUCAUAAGUAUUAUUUUCUUUUAAAAUUAUGGUGAUGAGAAAAUCAAGUUGCUCACGGCGCCGAAACCAUGAUUUAAACUUAUCUGACUAGACGCAUAACCACAAUGAGUUGCUUGCAGUCUUGGCCUGAGCCUAUCGUGAGAGUCCAGUCCUUAGCAGAAAGCGGCAUAACCGCUAUCCCCGAUCUCUACAUCAAACCACCAUCCAAACGACCAUCACCGCCAAACACCAACAACCACCGUGAUGCUGACGUCAACAUCCCGAUCAUUGACCUCCAAAACCUUUUGAGCGACAACCGGUGCCUCCGCGAGGCAACGAUGCGUUCAAUCUCGAGCGCCUGCAGGGAGUGGGGUUUUUUUCAGGUGGUAAACCACGGGGUGAGCCACGAGCUGAUGAAGCGGGCGAGGGACACAUGGCGCGAGUUCUUCAGCCUGCCUCUGGAGGUGAAGCAGGAGUACUCCAACAAGCCGAGUACGUACGAAGGGUACGGAAGUCGGCUGGGAGUUGAGAAGGGGGCUAUUCUGGAUUGGAGUGAUUAUUACUUUCUUCAUUACAUGCCUCCUCAGAUCAGAAACCACAACAGAUGGCCAGCUCUCCCAACUUCAUGCAGGAAAUUGAUUGAAGAAUACAGCGAAGAAACAAUUAAACUGUGUGGGAUUCUGAUGAAGGUGUUGUCUCUAAACCUUGGCCUUGGGGAAGACCAACUUCUCGAUGCUUUCGGAGGAGAAGAGAAUAUUGGGGCAUGUUUACGGGUCAAUUUCUACCCAAAAUGCCCUCAACCAGAUCUAACCCUUGGUCUCUCAGAACACUCUGACCCAGGUGGCCUGACCCUUCUCUUACCUGAUGAAAAUGUUGCUGGACUUCAAGUUCGUAAAGGUGAAAAUUGGGUGACUGUGAAGCCUGUUCCUAAUGCCUUCAUCGUAAACAUCGGAGAUCAAACUCAGGUGCUGAGCAAUGCAAUUUACAAAAGUGUAGAACAUAGAGUGAUUGUGAAUUCAGUUGAAGACAGAGUUUCACUGGCCUUGUUUUACAACCCAAAAAGUGAUUUGAUGAUUGAACCUGCCAAAGCUCUUGUCACAAAUGAUCGCCCUGCCCUUUACUCGCCUAUGACAUUUGAUGAGUAUCGGCUUUAUAUUAGGAUGAAGGGGCCUUGUGGAAAGGCGCAAGUUGAAUCUUUAAAAUCCUAUGAAUAGUAUUAGUUUCCGUAUUAGAACACAACAUAUUAUAAAUGGUGGUAGUCGCUGCACUGGAAUAAUCUUGUAAUUUGUUACAGACUUCACUAAUUAAUAAAGCUAUUCUAUAUUUUCCAAAGAA